UUAUAUUCCCCAGAAUCACAACAACAGGGCAUCUGCGCACCCAUGGCGGCUCCCCGCAUCCUUCUCGCCGGCGACGCCGUCGGCCGACUCAACCAGCUCUUCAAACGCGUCGCUUCCGUGAACAAAUCGGCGGGGCCGUUCGAUGCGCUGCUGUGCGUGGGGCAGUUCUUCCCGGACACCUCGGAGCAACUGGAGGAGUUCAAUGACUACAUCGAGGGCCGCUCGAAGGUCCCCAUCCCAACUUAUUUCAUCGGCGAUUAUGGCGUUGGGGCUCCCAAAAUUCUGUCAGUUGUUGCUAAGAAAUCGGCGAAUUUAGGGUUCAAGAUGGAUGGAUUAGAAGUCUUUGAAAAUUUGUAUUGGCUGAGAGGCAGCGGGAAGUUCACUCUCCACGGUCUUUCUGUAGCAUACAUAUCUGGUAGGCACUUGUCUGUUAGCCAACAAUUUGGGGUAUACAGCCAAGAUGACGUUGAUUCGUUACGGGCAUUAACGGAUGAACCAGGAAUUGUGGAUAUAUUCUUGACUAAUGAAUGGCCCAAGGGAGUGACCAAUGGAGCUAAUCCAUCCAGUAUUCCUUCGGGAAUAUUGGAUUCACCUACGGGAGAUUCAACCAUUUCAGAACUAGUAGUAGAAAUCAAACCGCGCUACCAUAUUGCAGGCAGUGUUGGGCUCUACUAUGAUCGUGAACCUUAUGCUAAUGCUGGUGCUGUCCAUGUGACUCGUUUUAUUGCCCUCGCUCCAGUUGGUAACAAAGUCAAGCAGAAAUUCAUUCAUGCACUUUCUCCUACUCCAGCGUCCAAAAUGUCUGCUGCUGAGAUAUGCACAAAACCGCUAAAUACCACUUCAUCUCCAUAUGCACUUGCAGAGCAAGAUGAAUCUGGCAAUGGAUCUGUGAAACGAUCUGCCGACAGCACUUCUGAUUCACAGUAUUGGCGAUAUGAUGUCACGCAGAAAAGACAGAAACAUGGAGAUGGUCACGGUGAUAGGUUGUGCUUUAAAUAUGUAUCAUCAGGGUCUUGUCCAAGAGGCGAGAAGUGCCAUUUUCGGCAUGAUGAAGAUGCGAGGGAGCAAUCAAUUAGAGGCGUUUGUUUUGAGUUUUUAAAUAAGGGAAAAUGUGAAAGGGGCACAGAUUGCAAAUUUAAGCAUAGUUUGCAAGAAGAAGGUCAGGGAGUUUCUAACAGGCGAUCUGGCUCUGGAAGAUCAAAUAGAUCCAAGGAAUGCUGGUUUUGUUUGUCCAGCCCCAGUUUGGAAUCACAUCUGAUCAUCAGCAUCGGAGAAUACUGCUAUUGUGCACUAGCUAAAGGACCAUUAGUUGAGGAUCAUGUGCUGAUAAUACCUAUUGAACAUUUGCCAAACAGCCUGUCUCUACCACCCGAAUGUGAAAAGGACUUAUUUCGACUCCAGAGCAGCCUUAAAGCAUUCUUCAAGGGACAAGGAAAGGAAGUAGUAUUCUUCGAGUGGGUUUCAAAACGUGGAACCCAUUCUAAUGUUCAGGCUGUUCCAAUUCCAUCAUCCAGAGCAUCUUCUGUUGGCCAGAUAUUUAAUUUAGCUGCAAAGAAAUUGGGUUUCACGUUUGAAACACUUCAAAAUGACAGUAGUUCAGAAUGGCGUAAAACACUGCAAACUCACGUUGAUAGGAAUCAGAGUUUAUUUUAUGUGGAAGUUCCUGGGGGAACAAUACUGUUGCACAUUGUUGACGACAAUGAAAAAUUUCCUGCUCAGUUUGGCCGUGAGGUUAUGGCCGGGUUGCUAAACAUGCCGGACAAGGCUGAUUGGAAGAAUUGCCAGAUGAGUAAAGAAGAUGAAACAAAAAUGGCUGCCAGCUUCAAGAGUCAGUUUGAGGAAUACGAUCCAAAUAACUGAUACCUUCAGCUCAUCAUCACUCUUGAUCGGCAAGAACCUCUUUUUGCUACUCUCUACUCUGAAUUAGACAAACACACAUAUACAUAUACAUAUAUAUAUUUCCCUAUAUAUCUUCAGGCCUUGAUCACACACAAUUCCGAAAUGGGAGAGGACUGUUUAUCUUCUUCAUCGAGGAUAAAAUCACGGUGCGUUCUUCUUUUGCACUAUUUUUAACUUAGAGAAGAUGAGUUUGUGAAUUUAGUAUAAAUUUAAGGUGUUGUCUUGUGCUUUUGCUUCGGAAAACUAUAGAUAAAAGUAGUCGGUAUUCAGUAUUUAGUAUUCAGUGCUACGGCGAUCCUAUAUUGAGUGUCGCCUAUGCCCGGUCAGGUCACCGGGCGAUGAGGCGCGCACAUAGUAGCAAUGUCGAACCGAGGUUAGCAUUGCCAACUAUGGGUACAAUCUUUAACUUGAUAGAUGGCAUUUCAAAGUUUAUCCAAAAGUUACAAUUCAAAUGCCUGAAUUUGUCUCCUUUUUUUUUUUUUU